AUGCCUCCUGCUACUGCACAGGCUCCAAGCGGUUAUAGUGUAGCUUCUGCGGCGCCCAUCACUCGAAAUGCUGCUCUGGGUCAGAACCGUACUUCAGAUCCUCCCCGAGCCCAUGGCACUACCUUUGGACGUACGAGAAAUCUUCGCGAACAUUUGCGUGUUGCGGGUAACUCACCGCCUUCUCGUCGACCGUUAGGUGGUAUGGCACCUCCUCGUCCUCCCCAACCGGGUCGAUAUCAUCCUUAUGAUCCAACGUUAUACGCGCCCUCUACCUCUAGACAUAGUCAACCACACGGCGACCAGACUGUGCCCGGUACAUCACAAAGCGCACCGAUGGACCUCACCCCGGAUCAAACUGACCCUGCUGAGAUGUUGCGCGACCCGUUUGGUUCGGGGGCUAGGAGUGCUCCAGGCCCUCGUCCCAAUAAAACGGAUAACACGCGGCCCCACGAUGAUAAGCUGGCCGGACGAGCGACGAAGUAG